AAAACCCCCAUAAAAACCUAAUCAAUCCCUCUCAGCCCCCGCCUCCUUCAUAAAAACCGCUCCUCAUUUCGAGAUCCAGAGGAAUAGACGCCGAGGAGAAGAGCGAUGGCCGCCGCCGCAGAAUCGAAGAAAGUGAUCCCUGAAUCGGUCCUCAAGAAGAGGAAGAGGGAGGAGGAAUGGGCUUUGGCGAAGAAGCAGGAGACCGCCGAGAAGAAGAAGAAGGAUCACGAGAACAGAAAGCUCAUCUUCAGCAGAGCUCAGCAGUAUGCUAAGGAGUACCAGACCCAGGAGAAGGAAUUGAUCAGGUUGAAGCGAGAGGCUAGAAUGAAGGGUGGGUUUUACGUCAGUGCAGAGGCCAAGCUUCUCUUCAUCAUCAGGAUCCGAGGUAUCAAUGCCAUGGACCCUAAGUCCAGGAAGAUCUUGCAGCUCCUUCGACUGAGACAGAUAUUUAACGGGGUGUUUCUGAAAGUUAACAAGGCUACCAUGAACAUGUUGCACCGAGUUGAACCUUAUGUUACUUAUGGCUACCCCAACUUGAAGAGUGUCAGGGAAUUGAUUUACAAGAGGGGAUUUGGGAAACUGGACAAGCAGAGGACUCCCUUGACUGAGAACUCCAUCAUUGAACAGGCAUUGGGAAAGUAUGGUAUAGUUUGCAUCGAAGAUCUUAUUCAUGAGAUCAUGACUGUCGGGCCACACUUCAAGGAGGCCAACAACUUCCUGUGGCCAUUCAAGCUCAAGGCUCCAUUGGGAGGCAUGAAGAAGAAGAGGAACCACUACGUUGAAGGUGGUGAUGCUGGAAACAGGGAAGAUUACAUCAAUGAGCUGAUCAGAAGGAUGAAUUAGAUUUUUGCAGCGUGAGGUUUUCUGAAUCAUCUGUUCUUAGAACCAAGGGGAGGAAUUAUUAUCUCAGCUUUUACUUGUUUUUUGUUAGGGGGAACUGUAGUGCUGACUUUUUGUGUGAGGAGUCCGCCAUGGAAAAGUUGGCUAAGCUUUUCUUAUUAUUCUGCUUCACUGUGAACUAUGCAAAUUUUAUCUGUUAUAGGAUAUUAAAUGCUUGCUCUAUUUUGGAUUA